GAUAAUUCUUUCCACCCACAUAUACACAUGAAAUCGCCUUAGUCGCCAUGCCUUUUCCGAGCCGUGGAUGUCAUACAUGCAAGAAACGACGGGUAAAGUGCGAUGAAACAAAGCCAUCCUGCAAUCGUUGUGCUAAAGCAAAAAUCAAUUGUCAUGGCUAUGAUGGCACUCAAAAAUACGAGUUCUUGGACGAAAACGAACCUGCGAGUGGUAAGAAAAAACGGCCUCGAGGUCCCAACCUGCGGGAGUCGAUACAAAAAAGUUCACCAUUUCAAUAUCCAGCGUCGGAGAAACAGACAAGCCAUAUCAAUACGAGGAUAGAUAAAUACGGAUUAAUCACACUUUCAAGCAUCCCACGCGUCACUGAUUUCUUCUCAUCGCCGCGAUCUCCUCCCGCAACAUGCCUACAAGAUCAAGUUAUUGACUACUACACAAGACAAUUUGUCGAGGCUCCCAAAAUAUUGCUUGCUACUGAUGAUAGUCAAAUUAAUUACUGUGUCGGCUCUUUUCAUCACUCUUCAAUUUUCAGCCUCGCGUCGUCAACAAUUCGCCGAUUUUCUUGGCCUGUUCAAUCAUUGGAACAAGCAUCUCAGGACAGAUCUACCAGUUCCACAUUACAACUCGCUAUUCAAUUGCCCAUACGACCUUCGGGCGGUCAACAAAAAAUUCUGCUGCUUUAUUGAUUGGUAGUAAGGCAUACUCCCAAGCCCUGGUGGCGGCGAACCUAGCGCUGAGACGCAUAGACAGUGUCGUAAUGGAUGAAGUCA